CUCUUCAGUCAUCGAUUCACUUUUUACAUUUUACAUUUUUACAGUAAUGAGAGAGUUAAGUUUUUCCCACGGGCGUAUGGUACUCUAAGUUAGCCCCCACAUGUGUGAUCAUAGGUGUUGUUGAAGGGGAGUCGAGUGUGUGAAGAGAAUGACGGAUAGCCAGCAGCAGUUUUGCUUGCGGUGGAAUAACUUUCAGGCGAACAUCACGAGCCAGUUCGAGGCGCUGCGAGAUGACGAGGACUUCGUCGACGUUACCUUCGCGUGCGACGGCAGGCGGCUCCAGGCGCACAAGGUCGUCCUCUCCGCGUGCAGCCCUUACUUCAAGGAGCUGUUCAAGACAAAUCCUUGCAAGCAUCCAAUAAUUUUCAUGCGGGAUGUUGAGUUCGAACAUUUACAGUCGUUAUUGGAAUUUAUGUAUGCUGGAGAGGUGAAUAUCUCGCAAGCAGAGUUACCUACAUUUCUACGUACUGCUGAAUCUCUUCAAAUUCGUGGCCUCACCGACUCCCAAAGUAAUCAGCACAACAACGAAAAGCAUUUGAAGACAAAUAACAUCCACGCAUCAAACGGCCGUGAUCUGAUCUCUCCGAGCUUUGACGAUGAACGCAGUAAAACUCCACCACCUUCGAGCCCUCCACCACUGAAAAGGCUGUGUAAAAGAAGUGAUUCACCUCCAGUUUCUAGUCCAGCACCCACUGUGCCGCCUUGUGCUACCAUUGCACCACGUUCGCGCCCACUUAUCGAGCCUCAAGUUCAGCUCGAUUGUUACAAAGAUCUCGAUAUUGUUGAGCCAAAAAUAGAAUUACCUGAAUAUGGCAGUGAUGAAGAUUGCUCACCUAAACAGGAAGCUAAUACAUUGCCCAGUGGAUUUCUCAGCUUGGAUAGUGGUAUGGAAGUGUUACCAUCUUAUCCAUCAUCUUAUCAAGGAAACCAAAAUGUAGAAGGAGGAAUGCCAGGUCCAUCACAUGGAAGUACGGAAUUAAAUCAGGAUCAGCAAGCCCGAAGAGUACGUCGCGGUAGGCCGCGGCUCGGAACCAGAGGUGGCAAACACCCAUCGCCGUCCGUUCACAGAAACUCGCCCUCCAGGAGCGAUUGGCUACCCUUGGACAUGAGAACCACUCCGCCCGCGAUGCCCGCCUUCCGUGGAUUCGAGGAGUCAUCAUCGGACGGAGUGGUCCACUUGGGUGAGGGUAUAGCCGUAUGCGAGGAACAACUAAGAGCCGUCAAGUGGAGCGAUUAUCGCAAGUUGACGCGUGGAUUAGCCGCGAUAUUGUUCAGCCCGACGGAGCUGGCGACAUGCUCCGUCACCGGUCAACGUUGGAGCCGUGCCGGCACGGCUACUGAACGUCCUGUGAAGCCUGCCCUCGACAAGGCUAAGGUCCAAGCCAUUAUAUCUUACGUAACAUCGAGGUUUCCGUCAGUAGACGUUAGCAGCGUGAAACAGGUUUUGGCGUACAAGUGCAAAGAGAACUCUACCGCUCUCAAGAUGAAGUCUAUACGAUACAUAUGCGAUAGACAGGACACGGACACGUCAUCGCGAGGCGAGUCCGAGGACAAGUGAGAGGGGGUCCAGGGUGCGUGCAGGGUGCAGCCACCCCCUCAAUUUCGUCGCGUCCUCCCGCACCCUCCAUCCGAUACGAUCCACUCGUCGCAGCGCUCCCGGGUCCAGCGAGGCCAUGGCGAUUAUCGUAACAAUAAUAACAAUCAGUGCGUCGACGGACGCACCUCAUGGCGUAAUCGCGAGGAAGGGCACAGAGGCGACUCGUCUCCCAUGCAGGCAGGUCUUGAAAAGUUGAUGCCUCUGCACACACUUCACGGCGCAUUUCAUUCCACCCUACGAACGGCGACGGCCUCGUACAUUUAAUCGCUGGUUUUUAAUCACCAGCCGCAUCGAUCGAGAUCUAAUCCUAAAAGGGUAGGACGGAAGAAAAGCGGAAAGAUUAUGGAUCGUUUCCAUAUAUGGUCUCUAAACGAUACUAUAACGUUAUUCAACGUUUAUUAACUUUCUUUACCUCUUUUUUUGCCGUGAAAAUUCCCGGGAAUUUCUACGGCAGGAACAAUUUCGACUUUUUCUCGUAUGUUCCGUAAAGAAAGAGAAAGAAAAGAGAGAGAGAUUAACAUGCUUCUAAAAAAAUAUAAAGGUUACACCGGAAAUGCGGUUUGUGAAGCACAAGCACGGUAGAUAAAUACAGAUGAAUAAAAUGACAAGUUCGCGUGAAGUAGUAAAAAUGCGUUGUUUUGAGAGUAGAAAAAAUUAAGAAGGGUGGAAAUGAGUGAUCGUUCGGUUAUAUAUGUAGCAGCAAGAUUAGUCGUGUUAUAUAGAGUUUUAAGUCAUCGAGUACUCCCAGUAUACGCAUCAUUUUUUAAAGCUGCUGGCUGUCUUGUAGUGAUUCAAAUUAUUCGUAUUUACAAAUCCCGGUUAACAGCUCUGAAAAAUUUGAUAUACUUCGAGUAGAAUAGAGAAUAUCGUUAAUAUCGGGCUUACAUUUUAAGAUGUACUUUCGAAUGUCCGUAUCGUGAAUUUUUUAGAAUGAAGUAAUAAUAUACCUACGGUGAAGUGUUUUCUUAGUUUUAUUCUCAUUUUAAUAACAAUAGCGUACGAUGUCAUAGAGUGUUUUUUAAUCAUCUUUUCACUCUUUGAUUAAUUAUUUGAAAGAUACAAUUAGAGUGAGAGAGGCGCAGGUGGAGAAACAUUGGUUUUAUGAGCAUUGAUUUGGUUCGCAAUACGAACAUUCGAUUGUAAAUAAAGAGUUAAGAAAACUCAAGUUAAUGAGACGCGAUUAUUACAUGGCUUGCCGGAGAAAAAAAUCGUCCCUUCGCGUAUGCGCUUUCUCUUGGUAACAGGUAAGUCUGUCACGCGGUAUAUUUCUUUUUUGUGCAAUAACGUGGAUCCUUCGUGCGACACGUAAAAAAGAAAAGAGAAGGAAUGGUGCAGAUGUAAAAGAGAUGCAUUACAGAAUGCAAUGAACGAAGGGACGUUUCUGCGUGCAAGAACAUAUGUAUAUUAGGGGAAUUUAUUUGGUUUUGGCUGUGAGCUGCGACCACAUACGAAGGAGGAGAUCCGUGUGGGUUUAAUGAAAGAGAACGCACCCUUCCAGAGUGAAGGCGGGUGAUAAAUAGUGAGAAGGCAAUAUUAUAAAGAAAACAA